GGUGGGUAGGGAGGCCGGGCCGGGGGAGCCGGAGCCCUUUGUGUGUGCGAGAGCAGCGGGGAUGGUGCCUGCCGCCUCCCGGAGUCCAUUGCUCAGUGAGGUUCAGAGGCUGGAAGAACAUGCAGGUGUAAAAAAGAAGUGAGCAGGAGAAGGAGGUUUUCUGCGCUGCCAAGAUGGGCAUGAGGAUCAAGCUUCACAGCACUGACCACCCCAACAACCUGCUGAAGGAACUUAACAAAUGCAGGUUGUCAGAGACCAUGUGCGAUGUUACCAUUGUGGUUGGUAGUCGUACUUUCCCUGCACACAGGGCAGUGCUGGCAUGUGCAGCAGGCUAUUUCCAGAACCUUUUCCUCAAUACAGGUCUGGAUGUUGCCCGCACAUAUGUGGUGGAUUUCAUUACUCCAGCCAACUUUGAAAAGAUCCUGAACUUUGUCUAUACCUCAGAGCUCUUUACAGACCUGAUCAAUGUGGGGGUCAUUUACGAGGUUGCUGAAAAAUUGGGCAUGGAUGAUUUGCUGAAGGCCUGCCAUUCCACAUUCCCAGACUUGGAAAACUCAGCCAACACUAAACAGCCUUCUGUCUCAGGUGAAAGCCGGGCAAGCGGUGCUUUGGCUGAGCCGAACCAUUCUCUGAGUGAAAUCCGAAACAGUGGGGAGCACCUGGGAACAGAGCGGAGUUGCAAUAUGCUUGGUGAAGCCGCAGGUGGCUACAAAGAAGAUCCUGCAAACGAAGCUAGCCAUAACGUAAUGCAUCCGCAGACUCCCAAAAUGGAAGAGCAGGAAUCGCCAGCACAGUUUACUGCUGCGAUGAGUAUUAUGACACAGGCUGGUCUCAGCAACGUCAGCAUGGCUGUUCAAACCACUGUGAACUCUUGCCAGCCUUAUAAGCUCCAGAGCAAUGGGGACUACAGUAAAAGCAAUUUUUUUGCCUCUGAUGCUUCACUGGAUAUAACAACAGGCAGCAACUCUUGCCCUAGCAAUAGUGAUCAUUCCAAAGACCAGGGCUUUGGGCAGAUGGAUGAGCUACAGCUAGAAGAUCUGGGGGAAGAGGAUCUACAUUUUGAAGAUCCCAGUGAGGAGCUAGGUGCUGCAGAGGAAGUGAUUGAGCUGAGUGAUGACAGUGAAGAAGAGCUAUCCUUCGAGAAUGACAGCCGGGAUAACAAAGCUAUGCCCUGUCAAGUAUGCAAAAAGGUUUUGGAGCCCAACAUACAGCUGAUCCGCCAACAUGCUAGGGACCAUGUGGACCUCCUGACUGGCAACUGCAAGGUCUGUGAGACCCAUUUCCAAGACAGGAACUCCAGAGUCACCCACGUCCUGUCUCACAUUGGGAUAUUCCUCUUCUCUUGUGAUAUGUGUGAGACUAAGUUUUUCACCCAAUGGCAGCUCAGUCUCCACCGCCGAGAAGGGGUGUUUGACAGUAACAUUAUCAUCCAUCCCAGUGACCCACUCAUAGGGAAAGUCAGCUUGUUCAGUGGGGAUUUAGCAUGUGCUGCCUGUGGAAAACCCCUUGCCAAGGAUUUUCACAUGGUUCGGGGCCACAUCUUGGACCAUGUGAACUUGAAAAGCCAAACAUGCGGGGUGUGUGACCAGCGGCAUCUCAAUCCCUGCAGCUUAAUGUGGCACACACUUUCCCAUUUGGGCAUUUCUGUUUUUUCUUGCUCCAUUUGUGCCAACAGUUUUGUGGACAGGCACCUCCUGGAGAAACACAUGGCAGUCCACCAAAGCAUGGAGGAAGCCCUCUUUCGGUGUCACUACUGUGGCCAGGCUUUUAAGCUGGAAGCUGCUUACCGCUACCAUGUGAGCCAGCACAAGUGUAGCUCUAGCUUGGACCUGGUCCGGCCCAGUUUUGGUGACCGGCUCCACCAGCAAGCUCUGCAGAAGAGGAAGCUGACGGAGGAGUUCCUCAGUGAGGAUGUGGCUCUUCAGAGCCAACCUGGGAACAGUAAGUAUAGCUGCAAGGUGUGCGGAAAGAGGUUUGCCCACACAAGCGAAUUCAAUUACCACCGGCGGAUCCACACAGGGGAGAAGCCUUAUCAGUGCAAAGUGUGCCACAAGUUCUUCCGUGGGCGUUCCACCAUCAAGUGCCACCUGAAGACACACUCUGGGGCCCUCAUGUACCGGUGCACAGUUUGUGGCCACUACAGCUCCACUCUUAACCUUAUGAGCAAGCAUAUAGGUGUGCACAAAGGCAGCCUUCCGCCUGACUUCACCAUUGAGCAAACUUUCAUGUACAUCAUCCAUUCCAAAGAUACGGAGAAAAACACAGACAGCUGAUGCAGCAGUACUGGGGAAGUAAGCACUACCUACGGGUAGCAGUGAAACUUGCUUCUGUUUUUUAAAAAAAAUAACCUAACAUUUAAUGGUCAAGCAUCAUCAGCAUUGUACGUUAUUUCCCUUUGCCUUGUUAGAGGGUUUCUUAAAUCAUUGUCCUGUGAAAACAACAGCACGUUCGAUGUGUUAUUGUUCUCGAGAAACCUGUCGCGUUUACCUCCCGCUGAGUCCAAUGCUUGUUAUUUCAAAUCUAGGAAACAGGAUGUUCCCCCCUCCGAUGGAUAGGUUCCCCCUCAUGUGUCUAGACACCCCCCCACAUCUCUAAUUUGAGAUCACUGAAAGAUUUAUGCUGCUAAUAUAUAUUAAUGCUACACAUCAGGAUAGCAGGGGAGAAAGUGGGAGGUAAAAGGAAUUGUUUCUGUGCUGCUAUUGGGAGGAUGUAAGUUUUAUAAAAACUUACAAUGCAGUUCUCAGCAUGCUUACUCAGAAGUAAGUCCAACUUUGGGACUUGUUCUCUGCCGAAUAAGUCUGCUUUGGAUUCUUAGCCUUAGUAUCUUGUCAGAUAAAUUUGUGUUUUCCUUCGAUCAGGAUUGCCUUUUUCUUUUACCAGCUCUUGCUCCUGUGCCUUUAACAACCAUGUGAUUGCAAACAUUAGUGGGUGAAAAUGCUGGUUGCUAUGCCAUGAAAACCUUCACCUGCUGAUUGCUGUAGAUAACAUCUACCAGAAAAAGGCACAAGAGCAGGCUGGGCUGUUUGUUUUUGUCAGUUGGUAGCCCUAUCUUGCAGCGCUAACUAACCCUAACUUGCACCCAGCCUCCGUUUGCCUUUUCGCCCUUCCCCCUGGAACUAUGAGUCGGUUUCAUAAAGUUCCACUCUGGAGCAGGGGAUCAAAACAAAAGUGGAGCAUACAGAUGGAAUGGGUGCUGGUGGCGGUGGGUGGAAUGGAGGAGAAUUGAGCCAAAUGCAAACAUUUAAGAUUGAUUUGUUUUGGAGGGGUUGCCUUGACAAAGAACUCUUAUUUUUGGUGCAGGGCAUAAACAUAUUUGGCUAUUUUUGAAAUGAUGUUUAAUUUCCAGCAUCCUCUUUCAAAAAAGAAAUGUUCUUAUGGCAUCAAAGAACAAUUUUGGGGCUCCUUCCUUUCCUUUGGCAAUAUUAUCUCAGUGCUGGUUUCUUGAACAAUGAGAUGAGUAUUCAAAGACUCAUGUUCUUUAAAGUGUCUGACAUAGCACUGUGGAUAGUGGUAGAAGCCCUCCUUUUAGGCUGCAGUUCUAUACCUACCUGGGAGAAAAUAACAUUGAACUCGAUGGGGUUUACUCCUAAGUAGUCAUGUAUAGUGUUGCACAGUUAGGUAUAUUUGAAAAGGUAUUGAUGCUUUAAGGAAAUGUCUCUAGAAGGAGGAAUGAAAGGUUUAGGGCAGAUUAUCUUCUCUUUUUUGAGGGUGUGUGUUUUGCAUAAUAAAUAUACAGUUCUUACUCCUUUGUUUGGAGGAAUUCACAUGUCUUCACAAAGUAGCACUUUUGUUGCAGGGAUAUCCCAUUUUCUGGCACACAAACUACAGUAUUUUGUUGCAGGGAAACUGCAGUCACUCCCCCCCCCUUUCUAUCACAUCAGUUGUGACUGUGUCAUGUACAAUGUGUUGUGUGAGUGUCACAGAUGCCUAUGGGGUGAAGACAGAUGUAACUUUUGUAGAGCGAUGGGGCCAGUUUGAAUGUGCCUUUACCACUCACUAGAAAUAGACCUUUUCUCCAGGAUUACGCUCUGACCAAAAAACCCCCAAAACCUAAAUCCAAACAAGCUUAACCCAAACUCCCAGUUCUGCAGAUUUGCAGCAAAAGCUGGCUGUGGAUGGCACCAAUUUGCUAAUAACCAUUACAUUACCAAGAUGCAUGUACUCCAAUCCUCACAGCAGUUCACAGAUUUUAUAAUGCUCUCGUUUUUUUAAGGUGAAGGAUGAACACAAAAAUGAAUAGACAUUCAAGCAAUGCUUAAUAAAAAGGUAGGCAGCCCACGUGAAGCAUGGGGAGAGGAGCAAGCCUAGUGGUUAAUCCACUAAGACUUGAUAGUCAAGUUGUCAAAUGCAAAUUGUUACACUAGUACUAGUACAACUUGCAGUGAUGGGUUAUUCUUACAACUACAUGUCUUUCUUCACCCUUGGAUAUUUUUUCAUUUUCAUUUUAUUAAAUUUAUAUACCGCCCAUAGCCGAAGCUCCCUGGGCGGUUCACAACAAUCAAUAUCAAAAUACAAUGAAACAUAUAUGUAAAACAGUUUUUUAAAAGCUUAAAAUUCAAAUUUAAAACAUAAACAUUUUUACACAUACUAAAAUGCCUGGGAAAAGAGGAAAGUUUUGACCUGGCGCCGAAAAGAUAGUAAUGUCGGCGCCAGGCGUACCUCGUCAGGAAGACUAUUCCAUAAUUCGGGGGCCACUACUGAGAAGGCCCUCUUUCUUGUCGCCACCCUCCGAGCCUCCCUCUGAAUAGGCACCCGGAGGAGGGUCGUCGAUGCUGAGCGUAGUGUACGGGUAGGUUCAUAUCGGGAGAGGCGUUCCAUCAGAUAUCAUGGUCCCGCACCGUGUAAGGCUUUAUAGGUCAAAACCAGCACCAUGAACCGGGCCCGGAAACAUAUAGGCAGCCAAUGCAAGCGGGCCAGAAUCGGUGUUAUAUGGUCGGACCGCCUGGUCCCCGUUAUCAAUCUGGCCGCUGCAUUUUGCACGAGCUGCAGUUUCCGAACCGUCUUUAAAGGCAGCCCCACGUAGAGCGUGUUGCAGUAAUUAAUUUAGAGGUUACCAGAGCAUGGACAACUGAAGCGAGGUCGUCCCUAUCCAGAUAGGGGUGAAGUUGGGCCACCAAACGAAGUUGGUAAAAGGCACUUCGUGCCACCGAGGCUACUUGAUCCUCAAGUGACAGUGAAGGUUCUAAAAGAACUCCCAAACUACGAACCUGCUCCUUCAGGGGGAGUGUAACCCCGUCCAGAACAGGAUAGUGCCUAUGGCAUCACAAACAGCAACAUAAAUCCCCCCUAUCCCCAUUGCAGAGCAAUUAUAUAAACUUUUAAAAUGUUUUAUUAUCAUUCAUCUUUGUAAAGCCUUCUUUAGAGGUUGAAUGCUCCCAUGCCAGAAUGCUCAUUUAGCCCUUUAUCAAGAAGUACUUGAUAAAGUACUUGGGCUCCUACUGGAAGAAAGGGCACCAGCAAUGGACUCCUUUUUUGUUUUUAAGUUCUUUGAGGGUUACGCACCUUCCCCCUCCAGCCUGGAACAUAUGUAACUCUUUUUUAUGUUUAAACCCAAUGAAGGUAUGCCCACUCUUUUAUUAUAGGAGGGCAAGAGCAUGCUGCUGGGACUGGAUUUGUGCUAACAUAAGGAUAUGGUAGCAGAAAGUGCAGGGUUGUUUUUGCCUAAAAAGGCUCUGAGUGGUUGUCCCCUGUGGCAAUGAAAAAUCAGUGUGUGCUUGUGUGACCAUAAAAACUUUGCUGUCCCUCAGGGUGAGGUUGGAGCCUCCUUCCUUUGUUCCUUCUUGCAACCCUUACUGGUGAUUUCUGAAGGGAUGCAACAGAACAGAGGGGUGACAUGGCACAGAUCUUGACUCAGUUUGAAUUACACUUGUGGCUUCAUCCUAUGGGCCGGGCUUCAUGCUGCAAACGAGAUUCUUCCUAAGUGCAGUGCUGUGUGAAAUCCAGACGAGAGAGGCGGAUGUUAAUAUAUGUAGCAGCUGGCUUCAGAUCUGCCCCUAGGUAUAAUGCAAACUACCUCAUAAGGAGGAAGUUCUGGAGUCUUAAAAGCCACUGUUGUGUUCAAAUAGGCUCACAGGCUUCUGUAUAUGAAAACACUGUUAAAGGAAAACAGAAAUCCAUGUAAUGCUGCUCUAGCCCUUACCUGUGGGGGGGAGGGGAGAAUGAAAAACUCUACAGCCCCAAGCAUCUCAGCUCUGAUGCUAGUUGCAGUAGGACAGCUUUGGACAGGUUGCUUUGCCUCUCUGCUUACAGUACCUACCUCUAAGGGUGUCGUGAAGAUUGAGUGUUUUGAUUUGUGUCAAGGAAAAAAAGCACUUAUGCAUAUCUUCUUGUUUUCUUACUCAAGAAAACUAAAGUUGCCGUCUUACAUAGCCCCAGUGGCGCGGCGGGUAUUCGGACAUAUCUCUUGGUCCCUUUCCCUCUUGUGGCCUCUCAAUGGCAGACACCAGACAAGGAAUUGCCUCGACAAUAUAGCAGACAAGACUAUCCCCAGGUAUAAUUUAUGCUGGCAGAGUUCUCUAGAAGGACCUAAGAGGUGUCAUGGAAAUUCACCACCACCACUACUACUACUACUACUACUACUGUGAUUAAAUUCAUGUCAGGGCUGGGGUACCCAAAUGUAGUGCUGGAGGGCUUGAGCAGGAAGCUGGAACCUAUGGAAGCUGUACAUCCUGCUAUUUCAAGGCAGAAGAUCAGACUCAGUAUUUAUACAAGCCCUGGCCAGUCAAGAAGCGUCAUACUACCUAUCAACUGGAGGGGUUGAUGUUAUAUACCAUUAAUCCUCUUCUGUGCUUGAAGAGUGCAUUUGAUGGCUGAGCCUGCACAGUAGCUCAUCAGACUAGGGUCCAGCCUUGGACUCUGAAGCUCUUGGUUCAAGCUCUGGAGUCCCAAGUAAGCAUGGGUGUAUCUCCAGGUGCUGAACAGAACAAUAUUUCCCUAGUUAGAAGGCCUUCAUUGGAAAUGGUGAAGAAGGAACCAUAUUUGAUUUUACCCGGUACGGAAUGCUUCCUCAUCCUUGAGUUCUGGAGCUGUUUUUCUCUCAUUCUCUAGUGCCAAACUGUCUCCAAUGCAAAACUGUCCAGCUUCAGACACUUUAGUUCAAGCCUUCUCUCAUAACAAAGAAUGUGAAUACCUGGCUUUGGUAGUUCGGGUGCUGGUAGCCAAAAAACUGGGACCCAUGGUUUGAUUCCGUAACUGCCUCGAGUGUAGCUUUGGUCAAGUAACUUCACCUGUUUGCCUCAACCUUACCCGUGCACCCACUCACCCUAAAUUUCUAAGAAUGGGAGUGAGUGGGAGGAAUAUUUAAAAAUACUUACCUCACAAAGGAAAAGUUGUGAGGUAUAGUAAAUGUCUGUAAAGUAAUUUGGAGCCCUUAGGUGUAUAGAAAGACAAAGUAUUGUAAUUAAAUAGCUUUGCUCUGUUUGCUGCCAUUUGUGAAGCAUCUCUCCCUACCAUUGCCACCACAGUAAGGGAGGGUUCGGGCAUGGAACAGUUACUCUAAUCUAACACAGAACACUUUGAAAGUAAUAAAAAUGUUUUUGGAGACUUGCUUUAUUCUUAUUAUUUGUAAACUCAAAACCAUGCCCUCUCCCUCAUGUUCCUCCAAAGAUCCAGAUGUCUUGAAAUAAAGCAGAAAACAAAACAGAGCAGAGCAUUGUGAUUGCUGUCUAACCUUUUGGUUAAGUUAAUUGUAGGUACUGACCUCCUGGUUAUUUAAGUGUUUAAUAUCUAUUUGCUGUAAAGUUUGUAUAUUUUGUAAAACUUUUCUUCAAAGAAAAAAAACGUAGAUGUCUAAAAUCGUACAUCGGAUUCUUUUAUACUCCAUCAUUUGGCACAAAA